UAAGUUUUUUUUACUUUGAAUCUUGUGACCCAUUCCUCCCCUAUAAAUGAUAAUAAAUUUGCUCUGUUGAAUUCGCACCGUAGGUUCACCAGCAAACUUCCUUUUGUAGUUCUCCAUUCACACGCGGUAAGUGAAUCGCGAUGGCAUAGCACCCACCACCUACCGCAAAAGCUCAUCCAUCCUCUAGUCAUCAAGCUUUUCUUCAAGUGCAUCACAGAUUCUGAUAUGUGUUGGUAAUGAUGAACCAGUAUGCUUUCUAUGCGUCUUUCCGGUUACAAAACAGUUCACACUCAACAAUGUGGAGUACACAUUUAGAUUCAAUAUCGCGCAUCAAACAUGAGGCCAUGCACUGCUGUUUCUGGAAAAAGCUUCAUGCGUAUCGCGUUGUUCACCAACACAUGGUGGAAAAUAAUAACUUGGGCGAUCGUCGAUAUAUUCAAUUCCAAUAAGAAAGAAAAAAGAUAAACUUCUGGUGAUCGCCAAAUAACCGUACACUUUACAGUUUUGUGUGGCACUAGAUGAACAAGCUGUGAUAGCGCCCCGCGAAUGAACUCGCAACCACGCUGCCCGCGCUCACUCGCUGUUGGUCAUCGCAAACGAGACCCACCGCACCAAACCUGUUGCUGGCUGGGGCUGGGACGUCGCCGCUCGCCUCGCCGUAUGUCUUGCGCCAUGUGAGCGUAGACAUCAGAGAGCUAGUAGUUUGGAGUGGAACACCACCGUGCGCAGAGCCCAGUGCCCAGUAGUGAGUGAGAGGUUCGCUUGAAUGCAGACAGACAUCGACGACGGACGACGGCGCGCGGUGGUCCAAGGCCUGAGCUUGAUCUGCUUUCGUUGCGUAUGGCGCUGGGGCUGAUUCGUGGUGAUCGUGAUCGUGUGUUGUCUUCGUCAUCAAAGUAGGGCCCAGCCGAGAGGUAAAAGUUCCUCCGCCUACUGCGGUGUUAUCGCGGGUCUCUAGUUUUCGGAAUGUUAUCGUUCUGGAAUCGGUUCAAGAUAAAGAAUAUCAGUUGAAUGUGGAAAAUGAUAAAAUUGUUUUGUCGUCGGGGGAAAAUAAGGUGAAAUGCAAAAAUAUUCAAAGUGAGAGUGGAAAUUUAACACACAUACCAGUAUAAGUGAUCGUGGUGCGUGAAAGAAAUACAAAGCUUGUGAGGUGAGGUGUGCGAGAGAAAGAAGAGGACAGCGAAUUCCCGUCGAGACAACCAGAAGACAGCAGCAAAAUGACGACUUUCUUGUCGCGGAAAUGUAAAAUAUUCUUCAACACUGCAGCGGUUCGGUGGAAAUUCGGACCCGGAAUGUUCCUACUGCAGGUCGCUCUAGUCUACGCACUGUGUGCUAUCGGUGCAGAUUCCCAAAAGCCAGAGGACGGCCCCUACCGAGGCAAAUACAUUGGCAAAUUUAACUCUUACCACCAUCAAGCUUCAGGUGACGUGUACGCCGUAGAUGAGUACACGUUCCUGCUGACGGGGUUCAACUACGAUGGUAACGGAGUGGAUACGUUCUUCUGGUCCGGUGCAAGCAACCGUCCCGGACCGCAAGGCUUCAUCGUUCCUGAUGAAUUCGGAAAGACGAACAUCCUCGAGCGGUACUUCAACAAGGACUUCACCUUGAGGUUGCCGGACAACAAAAAGAUCACCGAGGUCAAGUGGUUGGCCGUGUACGAUCUGAAUUCGCAGAACAACUUCGCUGACGUGUAUAUUCCGGAGGAUUUUGAACCACCGGUACCGCAGAAGGCGGGCAGUUUGUCUAGAAAUAGUCACGCCGUGAGUAGUGAGGCCAUUGACAUUCUGGACUCGAAGACAAUUCGGCUACCGGAGUUUAGCUAUGACGGAAAGGGAAAAGAGGUGCACUUCUGGGUAGGCGUUGGGCCAUCGCCGUCGUCCAAGGGUAGGAAAAUUCCGGAUGAAAUGGGAUACUUGGACCCCAUUCGAGCAUACGAUCGGGAAACGAUAACCCUGGAGCUACCAGGUGACAUGACCAUCUUCGAUAUCGAUUGGUUUUCGGUGUACGACGUGGAAACGAAAGAAGACUUUGGUUCCAUCCUGAUUUCUGACGAUCUGAACGUACCCCCGUCAUUGGUUAAGGUAACUCCGCACGUCGAAUCUCUGCCAAACUGUCGGCAAUUGCACAAGGACUAUCGUGUGUCGUGGGAGGUAUUCGGACCUCAGAUAACACUGCAGUUGGCGGCGAACGUCAAGGAGGAUGAGUACAUGGCAUUCGGAAUAAGCGGAUCGGACAGCAAAAGUCAGAUGCAGGGGGCAGAUGUAGCGGUGGCUUACAUCGAAGGGCAUCAGGGGUAUGCGGUGGAUUACAACAUAACCUCACUGGCGCCGUGUGUCCAGGUCUUGGGUCAGAACAAGGGGGUUUGUCGGGAUGACGUCGUUGGAGGACAAGACAGUUACCAGUUACAUACGUUCAACAGGGAGAACGGGAUUAAUACUAUCACCUUCCGAAGGACGUUAAUUUCCCCGGAUAAUGGAGAUAAGCCAUUUGUGCUGGACCGCCCUAUGUACAUGAUUUGGGCUAUGGGUAGGCUGGAUUCGAACAACGAGCCGACAUACCACGAUAUCUACCCGAAACGAGAUAUUAUGAUAUCUUUCAACACUUCCGAACCGGUCAAUGAUUGCUUCAGCUUCACUCGGAGCGAGGUCAACCUAAAAGACGUCUGGGAGAAAGCACAGAUCUUUGAUCGUACGAUACGAUCGUUCACGGCUACGUUAGGUCCCGCAGGAGGAAAACGAGGCUACCAAGGUAUCACGGGACACGUUUCCAAUGGCUUAGCGUGGUACAUCAACGGCCUUCUGGUGCCGGAACUAUGGCUUCGACGAGGUUUGACCUAUUCGUUCAAGGUCCGCGGAGGCAACAAUCCCCACUCACCGGAGUUCUACCACCCCUUAGUCAUCACGGACGAACCACGCGGAGGAUUCGAUCGCCUUUCGGACGCCAAACAGAGCGAAAUUCGCGUCCUAGCCGGUGUAGAGUUCACCCGCCGAGGUCGUCCUAAACCAACAGCAGCUGGUCCACGUUGCCUAGCCGAGCAUCCACCAAAUCAGGAUCGUCGGCUCGACGACAACUUUGCCACGUUCAAGAAGUUCAACCGGACGCUCCGGUGGACCUGCGAGAAGGGCGAUCCGGCGAUUCUGGAGAUCACACCCAACUCCAGCUGGCCCGACAUCGUGUACUAUAACAGUUUUACCCACGCCAACAUGGGAUGGAAGAUCCACAUCGUGGACAGCUAUAGUAGCUCGGCGAGGAGCGGUGCGGCGAGAGCGCUGUGGGCUGAGAUAAGACUGGUAACUGGGGUGGUAGCAGUUGCUGUCACGCUGCUGCAGGGUGGAUUAGUCUCAGGUAGAUAGGGGUUGGAACAAGAUUAAAUUAUUCUGUUCGUUAUUCUUUGGUUCGUAAGAGUAGAAUUCAUCAGAUAGUAGAAGUAUUUUUUGUGAAAAUAAAUCGUAUGAAAAGAAAAAAUGGACAACAAACUUUAUUAGGAUGA